CCUAAAGCUUGUGUCCUUCCAGGCUGGCUCAUUUUUCCGCUUUUCCCACAGCUCCAGAACAGCAGCAUGGAUCCAGCCACCUUUAUAGACCCCAACCUGACGGUCCCCGACCGGUUGGUCCUGGAGCAUCUGCUCAAGGAAGCGGAAGCCCCGGCCGCGGCCGCAGCCACAGCCACAGCCGCCGGGAAGAAAACCCCAAACGUCAAUGGCAAUGACAAUGGCAACAGCGCCAACGGCGCAACAGGGCAUGAAGAAGAAGAGGUUGACUCAGAAACCCAAGCAACCAUCACACACCUCGCAGCCCUCAACAGCCCCUCCAGCAGCAGCUUCACGCCCACCGUCUUCGUAACCUGGGACCUGCCGCAGCUCACUAUUUCACUCCCCACCCUUCUGAACGAGUGCCUCCUGCAGCCGUACAUCCGCGCCGCGCGGUCCCUGGUGCGGGUCGAAACCGACGUGGUGAUGCUGACCCACCUGCUGCUGUACUUUACGACCUCCAUCCCCAGCGCCUUGUACCUGUUCUUCGGAACAUUCCACUGGUGGCACGGCCUCGUGCACUGGCUCAUGCAGUCCUACUACGUGGGCACCUACACCCUGAUGAUGCACCAGCACAUCCACAUGGGCGGGAUCCUGACCCGCGCGCACCCGCUCGCGGUGCUCUUCGACACCGUGUUCCCCUACCUCCUCGACCCGCUCAUGGGCCACACCUGGAACUCCUACUUCUACCACCACGUCAAACACCACCACGUCGAGGGCAACGGGCCGCGCGACCUCUCCAGCACCUUGCGGUACCAGCGCGACUCCCCCCGGGAUUUCGCCUGCUACGUGGCCCGGUUCUACUUCCUGGUGUGGGUGGAGCUGCCCGCCUACUUCCUGCGGCGCGGGCAGCUGACCACCGCGGCCAAGGCCGGGCUGUGGGAGCUGGGCACGUACGCCAUGAUCGCCGCGGCGUGGCGGUGGGGCGGGUGGCGCCCGACGCUGUUCGUGCUGCUGCUGCCCGUGUUGCAGUUGCGGGUGGGCUUGAUGGUCGGCAAUUGGGGCCAGCAUGCCCUGGUGGAUGAGAUCGACCCGGAUUCGGACUUUCGGAGUAGUAUUACCUUGAUUGAUGUGGCUAGCAACCGCUUCUGCUACAACGACGGCUACCACACCUCGCACCACCUCAACCCCCGCCGCCACUGGCGCGACCACCCCGUCGCCUUCCUGCGCCAGCACCGCCGCUACGCCGCCGAGCAGGCCCUCGUCUUCCGGAACAUUGACUACAUCAUGAUCACCAUCCGCCUCCUCCGGAAGGAUUACCUGCAUCUGGCCAAGUGUCUGGUGCCCAUGGGGGAGCAGGUCGGGAUGACGCUGGAGGAGAAGGCGGAGAUGUUGCGCCGGAAGACGCGGCGGUUCAGCGAGGAGGAGAUUGCGAGGAAGUUUAAGCUGUAGGGUUUCUUGCUUGCUUGCUUGCCUUGUUUGGCUCAGGGGUUAUAUGUUAGAGUAUAAGUUAGGGGUAGGGGCAUGCGUUGAUUGUGCUGUGCUGUAUAUAGCUAGGGAGGGCGCUGGCUGGGGUAUAUGUUUCGGUGUACUAUACUAUCCUAUACAUAGUAUUCUCUAAAAAAGGAAUGCAGUGGAAC